CGUAAAACGGUAUUGUUUAUCUUAUUCGAGGAGUUCUGAAAUUGAAAAGAGAUAGAAUGUGUAUUUGUGUUUGAAAAAUGCAUUUAAUAUUAGAGUAUACAAGCGAUGAGGAGGCGGAACAAGCGUUGGUACAUGAAUUGUUUGAAGUAGGAGGCCAUGGAUUGGAAAACUUUUUGUGCGAACACACAAAGUUAAAGGACAUACAUUUGCACAGAGAAAAACGAGCCCUCAAAAAUCUGCUUGUCAGUUUUGAUGUGGACGACAAGCUGAAAGAGGGCUUCACAUAUAUGUCCUCCAAACAAGGCAAACACAUCCUUAAUCGGAGAAAUAGACUUUCUGACACACUUUGUUUGCCGGAAGCGGGAAGAGAAAAAUGUGCAGCAGUCAAGCAUGGUAUUGAUACUGACGUCCAACUAGUUUGCUGGGGCUUCUACUGCCCGGGUCAGGGGAAUUGUCAAAGGGCAUGUGGUGGCUAUGGAAGAUGUGCUGAAGGUUGUGAUGUUACUCAGAAGCGAAACAACAAACAUUGCUGCAGUGUUGAAGUCAUUGCUGAAAUCCUUGCCUCAGACCCUACACGAUGGCGUGUCUGUGUUAAAGGCCAGCAUGUUUCUCCAGGUAUGUAAUGGCUGCCUCCCAACAAAGAAUAAGCCCAUGUUAGAGCGAGUGAAGGACAAUGUAAUGAGUGAUAGGUUAGUGGGUUUAACUCCCUUUAACAUUUAUAGAAAAAAACUUGCUGGGAUAGAAGAAAAUAAAAUAGCUGCUUCAUUCAAGGACACCCGCUCACAUCCAGUUCCAGAAAGGUUGACUGACGUAUAUAACACUGAGAAGCGUCAUUCAUUUCAAUCUGGUCAAUGGUCAUCAGUUCAUGCUUGUGUUCCUGAGUUGAAGCAGCAAGGCAUUCUGCUUCUGUACCAUCAACCCAGUAGUCAGACUGAUGCUCCGGAAGCGGACAAAUUAUUUACCUUGUGCUUAAGCAAUCACACAGCUCUGCAAUCUGCCAGAAGGAAUCAACAUGUGUUGGGAAUUGACGGCAAGCACGGUCUACAAGAUGAUGGUGCAUGCGUGACCACUUGUGUCACACAACACCAUGAUGGCUUUGGCUGCCCAACAGCCAUCUCUAUAAUAAAUAGAGAAAACACCGACUCCAUUUUGUUGACACUGCAAGCAAUCAUAGAAAAUGUGCCAUGUGAUAGUGCAGAAUGUACCCAUUACUUCACCUACUUGGGGAUUCCUGAUCAG